GCGGGGGCGGCGGGUUCGGUUGCACGGAUGCCGGUUACAUAGGAGCGGGUACGGCGUGUCCUUGGGCAGAGGCAGCGCGAGUCCAGCCGACGGCGGAGAGCGAGUGAUUGACCGAGCGCGGGGCUGCGGGCCGAGUCGGUGCACGUUUCCAGGAUUCAGCAUGGGUGACGUGGAGAAGGGCAAGAAGAUCUUCGUGCAGAAGUGCGCCCAGUGCCACACGGUCGAGAAGGGGGGCAAGCACAAGACCGGCCCCAACCUCCACGGGCUCAUAGGCCGCAAGACCGGCCAGGCCCCGGGCUUCUCCUACACAGAUGCCAACAAAAACAAAGGUAUCGUCUGGGGAGAGGACACGCUGAUGGAGUACCUGGAGAACCCCAAGAAGUACAUCCCCGGAACCAAGAUGAUCUUCGCGGGUAUCAAGAAGAAGGGAGAGAGGGCAGACUUGAUAGCCUACCUGAAACAGGCCACCAAUGAGUGAUGGCUGCCUGCCGCCUUAUUUAUUAUGAAAAGGAGAGGUCUCCGGAGGAGAUUUCUUGUCUUUUUUACAUGUAUCAUAACAACCCUAUUUAAAUUGUUUUCAAACAGAGAAUUUUGAUCAUGAAUGGCUGUUUAAAAAUCUUGUUCAGCAGUCCUAAUAAAGGAAUGGUCAUGAUUACAGCCACAACCAAGCUAUCACUUUUCUGUUUCUUUUAAAACAUUAGGGACUUUUUAUCAGGCAGUGUGCUCCACCUCUGUCUUGGAAAGUUUUGAUUGAAUCUGGCUGCUUUUACUAAACAAUAGGGAAAGCCUGCUUGAAAGAAACUUUCAUAAGAACUUUUUACCUGUGGUAUGUUUAGGUGUGGGGGGUUAUCUUUUGGAAAAAGUUGUGCCCCUAACUUUCCAUGCAUUAACGGCUUAAUUACGGUGAUUUGAUUAAAUACUCCUUUUAAAUGGUCAAAGACAUUCAGUGUAUUUUGUCUAACAAUCCUGAGUAAAGACCAUCCCAUCACAGUGCAUGAGUGAUCUUUGAAUUGGAACUGUGAAGAGGCACACAGGAGUUGAGCUAGAGAUAGGACCUUCUGCUGAGUUAAGUACCUGCUUCAAGCUCAGUUGUACCUUAGGAUUCACCUUUUAAGACUGUUGGAUUUAAAGUUUGCAGAUGUGUCCUAUAUUAUAGUAGUGUUAAUACUCACUUUGAGGGUUCAGUUGUAAAAGAUGUAACGUUAGUACCUCUGGUAAAUAAUGUGGUCAUAAGAAUUAAACACUUGUGAAUACUUUA